CGGCGCAAUCUCUGAAUAGUCGGUUACGCUGUUUGUGUAUAUCAAUCCUGCAAAGGUGAUGAUAUCAUCAUCAGAGAAUCUGUAAACCCUAGAAGAGAUACCAUGCAGACCGUAUUUAUGGUCGCUGAAAAGCCGUCAUUAGCUGAAUCAAUAGCAAAAUCGUUAUCUAAUAAGCGUAAUUCAAGUCGUCGUGGAUUCAAUGGAGCAUGUUCCGUUCAUGAAUGGACUGGUCAGUUUAUGAGUGAACAAGUUCGCUUCAAAAUGACGUCAGUGUGUGGCCAUGUAAUGAAUGUUGAUUUCUUAAGCCGUUAUAAUAGUUGGGACAAAGUUGAUCCCGCUGAGUUAUUUGUUGCACCAAUCGAGAAAAAAGAAGCUAACCCAAAAUUGAAAAUGGUGGAUUUUCUUCGCCACGAGGUUUUUUAUUUCUGUGACAGUAUUAUUGUUUAGGCGCAAAAUGCUGGAAUAUUAAUUCUUUGGCUUGAUUGCGACAAAGAGGGCGAAAAUAUUUGCUUUGAAGUUAUCAAUUGUGUUCAUUCAGUCAUGGUACAUCCUAAGCGAAUACUACGUGCACAUUUUAGUGCUGUUACUGACCAAGAACUACAUGGUGCUAUGAAAAAUCUUAGAGAACCUAAUAAACACGAAGCAUUGUCAGUAGAUGCUAGACAAGAACUUGAUCUUCGAAUCGGUUGCGCGUUCACUCGAUUUCAAACAAAAUUUUUUCAAGGAAAAUAUGGUGAUCUAAAUAGUAAUCUUGUGUCAUUUGGACCUUGUCAAACACCUACACUUGGAUUUUGCGUAAAACGACAUGAUCAAAUCCAGUCAUUCAAACCAGAAACAUUUUGGCGGAUAAAGGUCUCUGGUGUAGAUGAUACAGGAGGUGUAUUAGAAAUGUCUUGGAAUCGUGAUCGUAUCUUUGAUAAAGAAGCUGCUUCAGUAUUUUUAAGUCGUGUCAAGUCUUCUAAAACAGCAGAAGUUGUCCAAGUAUCUGUUAAACAGAAAAUUAAACCACGUCCACAAGGCUUGAAUACAGUAGAAAUGUUACGAGUUGCCAGUGCUGGUUUAGGUAUUGGACCACAUAGUGCUAUGGCCAUUGCUGAACGAUUGUAUACAUCUGGCUACAUAAACUAUCCACGUACUGAGACGACAGCUUAUCCAAACACAUUUGAUUUACGUGGAUUGUUACAACAGCAAGUAAAUAGUUCAGGUUGGGGAGAUAUAGCCCGUGAAAUUCUACACAAUGGACUGACUCCACCUCGUACUGGUCAUGAUGCAGGUGAUCAUCCUCCUAUCGCUCCAAUGCGUUUUGCUUCUUCUCAGGAAUUGGGACAUGAAGCCUACCGAUUGUAUGAAUACAUUGCACAACAUUUUAUUGCUACUAUUAUGCCUGAUUGUUGUUAUGAACAAACACAAGUGACUGUAUCUAUUGGUGAUGGGGAAUUGUUUACUAUCAGUGGACUACGUGUAGUUGAACCUGGUUUCACACGAAUAUUAACUUGGCAAGCAGUAGAAGAUAAAGCAUUGCCUAAAUCACUACUCAAACAAGGUUAUCAAUUCAAUUUACUUGAAGAACCAAGUUUAAUUGAAGGACAAACUGGUCCACCGGAUUAUUUAACUGAAGCUGAAUUAAUUACCGCUAUGGAACGUCAUGGUAUUGGGACUGAUGCCUCGAUUCCAACACAUAUUGAAAAUAUUGUUCAAAGAGGUUAUGUUCAACUUCUUUCUGGUCGUAAACUACAACCUACACCAUUAGGCAUAGUACUUGUACAUGGUUAUCAAACAAUCGAUGCAGAACUAGUUCUACCACAUAUGCGUAGAGCUGUAGAAGAACAAUUAAAUCAUAUUGCUCGUGGUCAUGCAAAAUAUGAUUUAGUGUUAAAAUUUGUUUUAGCUAUAUUUGCUGCUAAAUAUCGUUAUUUUGUUGAACAUAUUCAUGGUAUGGAUCAAUUGUUUGAAGUUUCAUUUACUACAUUAGCUAGUUCAGGUAAACCUUUAUCUAGAUGUGGUAAAUGUCAUAGAUAUUUGAAGUUCAUUGACUCGCGACCACAACGUCUUCAUUGUUCAAUUUGUAACGAAACGUAUGCAUUACCACAGAAUGGUACAAUCCGACCGUAUAAAACUGAAAAGUGUCCUUUAGAUAAAUUUGAAUUAUUAUCUUAUACUCAAUUUGGUAAAGGAAGAAAUAUGGUUUUUUGUCCAUAUUGUUUCUCGCAUCCACCAUUUGAAUCAAUGCCAAAAUUAUCCGGUUGUAAUCGAUGCCCUCAUCCAACAUGUCCUCAAUCAAUGGAAUCAUUAGGUGUUGAUGCAUGUCCUGAUUGUCCAUAUGGGAUACUUGUCUUAGAUGAUUCGAAUGCACCAAAAUAUCGUUUGAAUUGUAAUAGGUGUCCAACAUUUUUGGCUGUUUCUGAUGCUGUGAGAAGUAUCUCUGUCAAAAAUGUUAGUUGUUCAAUAUGUACAGCUAUGCAUCUCAAUUUGAAAUUUGAUCCGGGUAAAAUUCCUAAUUCAAGUGACGAUACCUCUGAAAAGAUGAACACAACAUUCUCUGGAUGUGCAUUCUGUACAGAAUCAUUAUGUUCAUUGUUUACUAUUGUAAGAAAAAAGGAGACAUCAAACAAUCCUAUUGUCAAUUUACGUGGUCGUUCUGGAACUUCUCAACGAGGAGGAGGAGGUGGUCGACGAGGUCGAAGAUUUCGAUAAAAGUUAUACACUCUAAUGAAUGCAAUUCGUGUACAGUAAUAAUUGUGAUUUUCAUAUAUAUAUAAUUCAGCAAAUUUUUAUAAAAUAGUCUAAGUAACAUCAGAUGGACGACAUCUUCCCACAGUAGAUAAGUCGGUGUGUAUGCAUCUAGCAGUUUAUUUAAAUAAGUAACUAAUGUUGAGCGCUGGAGUUUUAAUUGUAGAACGAUCCCACUUUGGACUCAAAACACCCAGGUAAUAGCUCCAUACAUAUAAGCAUAGCUUCGGGGGUUGGGACAAAUAACGAUCGUCCGUUGCAAUUAGUUGUGGCCAGUGAUAUUUUCAUUGCAAGUAAAACAUUCAAGCACCCACAAAUCACUUUCUUCUGUAUGUGCAAUAUAAGAGCACUUAACGCUCCAACUCAAGCAGUCCCUUGAAACAGUGAUGAAAUGACAACACUUUUCAAUCGAUGAUGAACUGCAUGUAUCGUUUCACUUUCUGACUAUGACAAUAAACUAUUCUAAUACUGCUUGAGUAUAAAUACACCACUAUCGCUCAACCAAUUUCUCUGUUCAUUUGUCUCAUUAACGUGUGUAUUAUCUAUUUCAAAAUAGAAUGCUG